GGCCCCGAUACUGGAGGGGAAAAAGAAAGAAAGUGGGCGCUCGGAAAAUUACAAGCGUCUGCAGGGAUGAUGAAAUAGAGAGACGAGCGGCCGAGCGCUGUGGGAGAGUUCAGCAAAGCCCUAGAGGCAUUCGGAGAAGGGGGGGACUGAGAAAGUGAGAGCGAGAGAGAGACAGAGAGAGACAGAGAGAGGGAGAGAAAGAGCAAAGGGGCGUGUCUCAGACUGAAGCUGUAGCGCUUCCUCUUUUGUAAUGCAACUGCAAAACUUCAGCUCAGGCUUGCAGGACGUAGAGCUGACAGAAAGAGAAGGAAAGUGAGGACGAGACAGAAAGAGAGAGACAGUUAGAGAGAGAGCGAGAAGUGAGAGAAAGAGAAAGAGAGAGAGAGAGAAAUAAUUAGAAACCUAUAGACUAGUGCAUCACUCAACGGUGAAGGCAGUGUUGCUCAGGUACGUUUUACAGUUCGGCUCUUUUGCAGUGUAGUAGAGAGAGAGAGAGAGAGAGAGAGAGAGAGAGAGAGAGAGAGAGAGAGAGGAAGCAAGAAAGAGAAAGAAGCCUAAAGGCAUAUCGUUGAAGACAAAAUUGCCCAGUAGACUCGUACUCGUCGUGAUGGGGAAGCAGAACAGUAAGCUCCGUCCUGAGGUGAUGCAGGAUCUGGUUGAGAGCACUGAGUUUACGGAGGCGGAGAUCCAGGAGUGGUAUAAAGGCUUCCUGCGGGACUGUCCCAGCGGAGCCCUCACCAUGGAGGAGUUCAAGAAGAUCUACGGGAACUUCUUCCCCUACGGAGACGCCUCCAAGUUUGCCGAGCACGUCUUCCGCACCUUCGACGCCAACGGCGACGGCACCAUCGACUUCCGGGAGUUCAUCAUCGCCCUCAGCAUCACCUCCCGCGGCCGGCUGGACCAGAAACUGAAGUGGGCCUUCAGCAUGUACGACCUGGACGGAAACGGCUACAUCAGCAAGGCCGAAAUGCUGGAGAUCGUACAGGCCAUCUACAAGAUGGUGUCCUCAGUGAUGAAGAUGCCGGAGGACGAGUCCACGCCUGAGAAACGCACAGAGAAGAUCUUCCGCCAGAUGGACACAAAUCGUGACGGUAAGCUGUCUCUGGAGGAGUUUGUCGAAGGAGCGAAGAAUGACCCGUCCAUCGUGCGGCUCCUGCAGUGUGACCCCAGCAGCGCGGGACAGUAAAGCCGGAAGGCGCCCCCUGCUGUUCCAAACGUAUUAAUGCAGGUCCUCUCCUAUUAACUUAAAUACAGAUCAGAUUCCCAGAGGAAACAUGUUGGUGGGAUCCUCCUGGAGAGCAGGCGAGGGGCUUUCUGCCCAGAGAAGCAUGUACACACAUCACUCAUCACUCACCCCCACCCCUACCCCCGCCCCCCACACACAUUCACCCGUCACUCCGGCCCCCCAAGACACUGACCCGCGGCUGUGUGUGUGUAUAUGCAUCUCUUCGUCUCUGGGACUUUUUUAAAGAGGAAAUGAGCACUGUGAGGCUGUGAGGCUGCGAGGCUGCGAGGCUGUGCUCGAUGAGUUUGUCCAGUGUGAGUGGACAGAAGCCAUUUAGACGGACUGGUGUUGUCUAAUGUCGGAAUAACGACUGAACAGGUAUGGAAAAUAAUCACCAAAAGCCCCAAAUUUUACCACCCAAAAAAACUAAUUUGAUUUAUUUCAGCGAUCAUGAAGUGCAAUCAUCGCAAUUCUCUCUGCAAUUUCUCUGAAAUUCAGAACUUCCCCACCUAAUAACAUUUCACUAACAUUUUUAAUAUGAGUAAAAUGAGUGAAAUGCUCAAACUAAGGCUGGGCCGUCUUUGCCCAGAUGACUUUUUUACUUGAAGUUUUUUGUGACAUUAAAUAUAAUUUAAUAAGAGCUAGGAGCAGAUUUGGUUAGAUGAGUCCAGUGUAACGGUGCUCCAUUCAGGAGUAUCACAGAAAUAAAACAUGUACCAAAAUUAGGCUACACGACUCUGAGGAUACGUCAGAAACUCGUUUUAUACUGUUAAAAGCACUUCUUCACACUUGAUUCACGAGAUUUAGCAGUAAUAUUGGGAUCAUUCCACACCAGUUCAUCCAGGGCCUGGCAGAUCACAUCAUGGACUUCCAAAAAAAUUCAAGAAAAUUUUUUAAUUUCGUUUGCACAACCAUGCCAAAUUUUAAAGAUGUGCUUCGAAUAUUUUUUUAGUUAUGUUUUUUUAAA